AUGGAUUCGUCUGGCUCCCAGGUAUCACCUCCGCCCGAAGCUGAUCGGCCGCCCGGGCGCCCCAGUCGCGACAUCUCCGACCGCGAGGAGAAGUCUAGCCACCGCUCGAGACAUCGAUCAAGACAUAGAAGCCAUCAUGAUCGCUCGAGGUCCAGAGAGCGUCGCAGGGGCCACCGGGAGCAUCGUUCCUCUCGAAAUGAAGGAAGUCAUCGCCGCCGGGAGCCCACCUCCGAAUCUCCCAGACCAUCUACGUCGACCCGGACCCGCACCGUGAAGCAUCCUCCCGACGAAGCCUCCGAUUUGUAUGUGAUUGAUAGUAAGGGCGAUCGUUACAACUUGAUAUAUGGCACGUUACAUAGAUAUAGCGUUCCACAAUAUUAUCGCGUCGGUCGAGGCAACGUCUUGGGCUUGCCUUCCAGCUACAAGAUCGACCGAGAAAGCGCUGUCGAGGACGUGUUGGUCGUCACGAACGAACACAAAGGGGGAAAGUCAAAGAAAAAGGCGAAGAAUCUCCUCGCAGGACUAGACAAGGGUAGAUCCCGGCUACUUCGGAUACGGCCAGAGUCGCUGGGGGAUGCAGCCGCAGAUACGUUACUGGACUAUAUUCCUUUGAGUGUGUCCAGCAAAGGAAAUCGCCUGGAUUUGUUAGAAGUCGACUCUGAUGAUGAAGAACACGCGUAUCGUUCGAUUCAUGGGAAAGCAAAGCCAGAGGAUGACUUGCCCAGUGAUGUUGAAGCCGUAUCCGGUACAGAUUCGGAUAGAGAGGAUGGCCGGAGUGACCCCGACCAGGAGAUCAAGCAGCGCAAUGCGGAAUUACUUAGGAAGGUUGAAAAGAGCCCUGAUGAUAUUUCCGCGUGGCUCACGCUUAUCGACCAUCAGGAGUCGCUCCUUCGAGGAUCGGAGAGGGAAUCUGGCUCUCUGACGUACGCAGAAAAGAUGGGCUUAGCCGACAUCAAGCUAUCGCUCUACGAAAAAGCAUUGAAAAAGGUCGGAUCGAGCCCUGCAAAGGAUCGCCUUCUACUCGGCCUCCUCGAAGAAGGGGCAAAACUUUGGGACACCAAGAAGCUGUCUGCUCAGUGGCAGACGAUACUGAAGUCAAAUUCUGAGUACAUCAGCCUUUGGAUCCGAUAUCUUGACUUCCGUCAAACCGAGUUUCUGGGUUUUACGUAUGAGCGGUGCUUUGCGACCUUUCUGGAGUGUUUGAGACUCAAUAAGUUUUCUCUGGAGAAACCCGAGAAGACCCGGGUCCACUUGUAUUUGUUCCUUAGGCUGACGUUAUUCAUCCGGGAAGCUGGGUUUACGGAGCAUGCUGCGGCUCUCUGGCAAGGUCUUCUGGAGCUGACGUUCUACCGUCCUGACUCGCUUGACGGAAGCAAAAGCUCAGAAGAGGUGAUACCAGCUUUCUUGGAGUUCUGGGAGUCGGAGGUCUCCCGCGUUGGCGAGGCGGGCGCUAAAGGGUGGAAGAACGAUGAGAAUGUCCUGCAAAAUGCCAAUCAUAGCGAGAAGCCUGGGUUUCAACUCAACUCGGGCGCCGUAUUUGCGUCUUGGGCACCCUGCGAAAAGGAGCGAACCGUCAAUGCUCGAUUGCCAGCCCGCAGUAUUGAUGACUCGGAGGAAGAUGAUCCAUACCGAGUCAUCAUCGCAUCCGAUCUUGAAGAGAUUUUGUCGCUGGCUUGGCAGGCAACCCCAGCAGAAGUGCUGAUUAAUAGCUUUUUCCAUUACUGUCAUCUCCCACCAAUUCCAUCGGUUGAGAACUUGGGUACGACGAGUCGCUGGAAUGGGGAUGGCUUCGUGAGGAACGAAUUUGCAAGCAGUUUCUAUACAACACUUGCGGACUGGCUCCCUGAUGUGGCUGCUGGCAUUGAGCCCACGGUCACAUCCCCUGUUCUUUUCCCUCAUCACAAUUUCAUCAUUACGCUAGAUACUUUGUUCGCUGACCCUACUAAUUGGUUCUAUGCCCUCAAAACCUGGAGCGACGCCACUUCUAAUUCACAAUCCCACGUCGACCCUGUGUGGGUCCGCAGGGUCGUCCGAUCGUUGAUAGAAGCAAAUCCGGAGAAUGAUGACCUUGCGGAAUAUGGUCUGGCUCUUGAACUCGCGUGUAAAAGCAAAGAUGCGAGGAAAUUCGCGAAAGCGCUGCUCAAGAAGCGAUCAUCUAGCCUGAGACUUUACAAUGCUUAUGCUCUAAUAGAGCGGCGCUUUGGCAAUCAAGCAGCUGCCGAUCAUGUCUGGGCGACCUCCCUCUCUAUGAGCAAGUCUUUCCCUGAUCGCGACAGGGUGGACAGUAUUGUGGUAUGGCGCACCUGGAUUUGGGAGCUUCUGGAUGCUGGAAAUGCAACUCAAGCAUCUCAUCUCCUCCUUUCGAUGCCUCAGAAUAGCAUCAAUCUCAAGGAAAUUGGUCUUGCAAACGAGAAGCCAACCGUCCUCACGUCGUGCAUAGACUGCCUAGCUAUUCUAUCGUACCUCUCCAACUCCCUCGACCUAAUCAGGCCCCUGGAUUACUAUCACAAUGCAUUUGCCAGGCUGGCUUCUCUACCCGACCAGUCCAAGUCCUUUGCAAGCUUCACGACCGAACUCCUUCAUCAAUCCCGAGCCCGACUUCUCUAUCACCACAUGCGCACCAGCGGCACCUACAAACCCUCACACAUUCGUUCCCUUUUAUCUGAAAGCAUAUCAAUUUCCCGCCACAACACCAUAUUCCUCUCCCUUUUCGCCUGGAACGAAUCGCGGUUUCGCAUCGAAGAACGCGUCCGGGACACAAUACGAGACAUCACUAGCAUCAACACCAACACAGACAGUCUCACAGCCGCCCCAGUCCCCAUAACGACACACCUCUUUUCCAUAUACACCGAACUAAACCGCCCCACCUACGCCGGCUCAACGAUGCACUCUGUCCGCGCUGCAUUCGAAAAAGCCAUCGGCGAUACCGUCCACCAAGGAUCCAACACCUCUACUGGCCACUCUAGCAUCACCAUCUGGAAACUCUACAUACUCUUUGAACUGUCUCGUAACGACAUUCAACGGGCUAAGAACGUUUUCUACCGCGGAAUGCGCGCGUGCCCCUGGUCGAAGGAGCUUAUUAUGCUUGCGUUUACUCAUCUCCGGGCGGAUGUGAUCCGGGAGCAGUAUCCGCAAGAUAGUAGAAAGGGUGACGGUAUGGGAUUCGAUGAACUCAGGCAUGUGUACAACGUGCUUGUUGAGAAGGGGCUGCGGAUUCAUCUGGAUAUUGAGAAUGAGCUGGACGAGAUUUCGGUGGAGAUGGAGCGGAAGAGGAUUGCUUCAAAUUCGGGAUUGCCGAUUGCUAUGCCCGAGGAUAAGGAUAGUGAGGAUGAGACGCAGAGGUAG